AUGAAUACGCUUGUCGUUACACUAUGGUACUUAAAAUAUUAUCAUUCAGAACGUUAUAUUGCUUUAGAAUUGAAUUUAAUUCAACAAGCAGCGAAUUAUUUAUUGUCAACAGUUAUCAAUAUUUUACAUUCGUGUUUAUAUCCAGAUUUAAUUUCAAUACCUGCUAAUAUAUCUAGCCAACAACGUAAAGCAUAUUAUUGUGCGAAAAUUUCAACAAAUUAUGCAUUGAAAGUGCAAAUAGCUCAUGACUUUCAUUAUCGAAUAGUACACGUAUCCGAAUGUUUUCGUGGAAGUGUAGAUGACAUUACAGUUCUAAGAGAAUCAGGACUAUUAGAACAUGUAAACAACGCCGUGCAAAUUAUUGCGGAUAAAGGAUAUAUUGGUGAAGAAUACGUAAUUACUCCCAAAAAGAAGCCUCAUGGACGUGAAUUAAUAGAUGAAGAUAAGGAUUUGAAUCAUGACAUUAAUAGCACAAGAGCAGCUAUUGAAAAUAUUAAUCAACGUCUUAAAAUUUAUGCAAUUCUUGGUGGUGUCUACAGAGGAACUAUUGAUGGUUUUCAUAAGGCAACAAAAAUCGUACAAGUUGUUUGCAUUCUCUGUAAUUUGAACUUAAUAAAACAUUCUAUUCGUAGAUAA